AUGGAGCCGUUCCCCGCCACCGCGAUCUCAACCCUCUGCGUAACUAGCGGGAAGAUCCUCCUCGGCUUUUACGAGUACAUCAACGACGUGGCUGACGUACCCCGCUACGUCGAGGAGCUGACUGCCGAGCUGAGCUCGCUGAACGCUGCGCUCUUGGCGCUGAAAGCGCUACUCCUGCCGGGAGCUGUUCGCCACAUGCGCCGCACCCUCAAGCAGAUCGAGGACUGCGUCAACAAGUCCAAGAUCAAGACGAACAAGUCCGCCAAGGGCCAGCUACUCACCUGCAUCAGCUGGCUGUGGAACAAGGAGGUCGUGCUCCUCAGGCAGGCGCUGGCGAAGGAGCGCGAGACGAUAUCCUUCAUGCUGCAGGUCUCGACUUGCCAAAGCCAAGACGACUUAGCCAAACUGCUGAAACAAGUCGACGAGAAAGUCACCGCCCUCCAAGAAUCGCGGAAGCACGUCAAGGAGGCGCUCGUCGUCAUAGACAGAGACCACCCACGGUUUGAGGAGGCCGAGUUCACCAUCCACAUGCAGCCAGCUACGCGACCAGAUGAGCAGCCAGCGCCGGCCGAAGCUCCCAGCCCAUUCCGGCCCCUUAACCGGAAGCUCGUUGACACCAUCGAGGCGAAGGCAUGGACCGCGGCGAAGGUCAUAUGCGACGAAAAAUGGACUAGUGUGCCUCAGCUCUCCGAGGUCGAGCUCAGGAUCAAGAUCAUAUCAGGCAGGAGUGCCAUGCUAGCACUCAGGCUAUCCUCCGACGAUGAUUUGGCUUUACCUAGACGUUAG